ACACGUAGAGUACAAUAUAAAGGGACACGUAGAGUCCAAUAUAGAGGGACACAUAGAGUCCAAUAUAGAGGGACAUGUAGAGUCCAAUAUAGAGGGGCAUGUAGAAUCCAAUAUUUCUAAUUUCUUUAUAUAAAAUAUACUGUUAUGAAAAGUUGAACACAUUUUUAAGACUGGAUCUACUUUGAAGUGUCGCAACGCCUCUUGGUCUUUGAUUUUGUCUCACUAACUUUUUUAUAGUUCUAGACAUGUACAUUUCAGUACUCUAAAGCAUUUUUAGCUUUCGUUUUUAGAAAGAAAUUGGCAAAUUUCUCACUGUUUUUUUUUCAUGAGAGCGUGGAACCCUCAUUGUUUACAUGAUUAUUGCUUCAAAUAUGCUUAAAUAAAAAUAUUUUCAGGUUAGGAAACUCGAUGAAAAAUGAAAGGGGAAGAUAAUGACGGGUUUGAAUUUUCAAACACUCAAGCAGUUACCAACAACAACACAUCUCAAGAAGCUAAAACUCCUGAGCUGUCAGAUUCUGAGAAGCGGAAAGCUAAGUUUCUGAUUUACAAGAAUGUUUUACUUAUCUCCGCAUCCUUCCUUCUUCUCUUCGUUGCAUUCGAGUCUAUGUCUAAACUUCAAUCUUCUAUAAACAAGGUGCAGAACCUUGGAACCUGGGCAAAUGCUAUGGUUUACGCCAGUCUUAUAUUCUCCUGUAUGUUUCUUCCUUCAAUUCUCAUCAAGAAACUUGGGGUAAAGUGGAGUUUGGUUGUAUGUGUAUUCUGUUACUCCUCUUAUAUAGCUGCACAGUUCUACCCGGAGUUCUAUACUCUCAUCCCAACUGCAUUCGUCCUAGGUCUAGGAGCUGCUCCCAUGUGGUCUGCUAAAUGUACUUAUCUAACUCAGACUGCAAACAGAUUAGCAGAGAUAAACGAGGAGGAACCUGAACCCUAUGUUGUGAAAUUUUUUGGUAUUUUCUUCUUCUUCUUCCAGUGCAAUUCAAUCAUUGGAAAUAUUAUCAGUACUGCAGUUCUCUCGAAUGACAGAAACAAGACUGUAAGUGUAAGUGAAGAAGAUAUGAAAAGCUGUGGAGCAGCAUACUGUCCUGCCUCCCUGUCUUCUGCUCCACCUACCGUUAACAUCACUGAGCUUGAACCUGAACCUGGAAACACUAACUUUGAUACUAGCUUGAGCAGUAUCUAUACCCUAGCAGGGAUAUAUCUGGCUUGUUCUGUAACAGCUGCUCUAAUUAUCGCUAUAUUUGUGGAUCCUCUAACCAGACAUAUGAGGAAACCCAAGCAGCUCCUGAUGAUACCUCUCACCUUCUGGUCUGGGAUAGAGCAGGGAUUCUUCGGAGCAGAUUUCACAGCGGGCUUUGUGACGUGUGCCUACGGAGUUCAUAUUAUUGGCCGAGUUCUAAUCUGUUACGGAGUAUUUGAUGCAAUCUCCUCGGUUGGGUUUGGUUUUAUCAUCAAACUAACAGGACGCGUCCCUAUCUUCAUCCUGGGAGCUCUGAUCAACAUCUCUAUUAUUAUAGUUAUGUUUACCUGGACUCCUACUCCAGGAUCUCAACCUGUUGUGUAUGUGAUAGCGGCAUUCUGGGGAAUUGCCGAUGCAAUCUGGCAAACCCAGAUAAAUGCUUUGUAUGGAAAUAUAUUCGCAUCUGAUGAAGAAGCAGCUUUCUCAAACUACAGACUCUGGGAGUCCCUUGGCUUUCUUGUUGCAUUCGUUACACAGGCGUGUGGUGUAUGUGUGGCACAUAAACUGAUCCUGGCUAUCUGUUCUCUAUUAGUUGGUAUCAGUGGAUACCUCGUCGUAGAAGUUAUAGAGAGGAGAAACAAGAGAAGAACUGAUUAAGAAGGAGGAGAUAUGGAGAGAAGGAGGAGAUAAGGAGAGAAGGAGGAGAUAUGGAGAGAAGGGGAACGAGAAAGGGUGAUAACGAACAAAGUAGAGAAAGAAAAGAGAGAAUGAGAGAACGAGAGAAAAUGAUAAUUAAUAGAAUAAAAGGUAAAAUGCAGAGAGAAUGAAAAAAGAAGAAAGUAAGAAAAAAGGCGUACAAAAGAUUUACAAUUAUAUGAAAAUAUGAGAGAAGGAGAGAAUGAAAAUGGCGAAAAAGAGAAAUGGUGCAUGAGAUUAUGAGAAGGAGAGAAAAAAAGGAAACAGGAACAAGAGCGAAAAAAGAGAAGGAGUAUACAAAGAAAAGAAUAAGGAUGGAUUACUAUAAACAUUGAUAAUUAAAAUGGAUCUUUUAAAGAAAAAAUAGACAAA